AACAACGUAGUUCAUAAAAAUAACCUCAUAAUAUCAGAUCACGAAACACUGCAGGUGACAAUCAUGUUUUGUGAUUAGGCUACUGCAUUACAUAACUUUAACAGGAUUUUAAAUAAUUGCUUUAUUAAAGGUUAUUAAGCAUUUGCAUGUUUUAAGAUCCAUUAUAAGCUACAAAUGAUGUUGAUCAUUUGCCAGGUUUGGGCUGGUGUUCAUCAUCACAUCUUCCAAUGGAUUUUUGAACACAUCUGGACCACAACUAUUUAGACUCAUUUUAAAUGAUCAUUUAUCAUUAUCAAUUAUUUUGUAAAUGUUACCCAUUCUUGCUAAGAGAGAAAUUGCAUAUCUUCUGUUAGCCUGAUGAUACAGUAUGUUAACAACUAUUUACUCCAUGGUUUAUUCUUUAAUUGUUGACCUACUGAAGUAAUUAGUGAGCAAUGGUUUAUUGGAAAGUGAGACAACGUUGACACCAUGUGACUUUUUAUUAUUCGCAUACCAAAUGCUGUUUUUAUCAAUAGUUUUUUUAGAUGUCCAUCAAGAUAUGGAAACUGUAUGUUUAAUUUGUUUUGUUUUUAAUUUUGGUGGACAUAAGCUUUCUUUCUGUAUGCUUUCUCUUUCUACUGAGGGGAACGCACAUUAUCACCAAUUUACGUAUAAUGCAAGUCAUUCAGAAUUUUAAGGUGAAAGCAAUAUUGCACAUGGAAAAACAUUUUGUUCUUUAAUAAAGAUAAACGAAGAUUGGUAGACUAAAGUAAAUUUGCUCACUCUACUGUAGAAAAAGUAGCAAAGAGUAUUUACUCUAGGCUUAAGUACAAUUUUGACGUGUUUUAAGUUACUGAUUUCUUUCUAUUUGAUGUUACUCUACACUUCUACUUUACUAUAGGACAUUUUACUCCAAUCAAUGUAUUUUAGAGUUGAGGUUUCUCUUUACUUUGCAGGGCUUCAGACAUGUUGACAUUGCACAGUUAAAAAGCAAAGGUGUGUAAAUCAUAAAAUGAAUGACCGCUGAAUUUCAUGCAGCUUUAGUUUCAGGGUCCUGGUAUUUUCACAUGCGGGCUCAUUGUCACACUGAUUUGCUACAGAGAGAGCAACAUUAUUAAUGUUAUCACUAACAAUGGUGCUUUUCAAGGUCAAAAUAUCUGCCUUUAAAGUUCUUAUAACAUGCCCAAAAAUGUUAAUCAUCAGUAAUAAUGAAUGCUAUAGUAUAGCCUAAUAGCCUUUAUGAUUAUAACAGUGGACAUUCGUGCUGACUUGCAGUUAUUAACCCAACCAUUACCAUGUUAUUCUUGUUGUAUAUAUGGGCUUCUUUUCUUUAUUAUCUAAAAAUGUCCAUAAUUGUUGUAGGCCAUCUUUCUUUCUCUUUUUUUGUCUUGCAGACCCCCGAAUAAAUAUAAAGGCUACAGGAUGAUGAUAAUACCAUACUUUGAAAUGUAGGACUUUAACUAAUAUUGUGAUAUUGUUACUUCUUUCACUUCAAAAGGGAGUCAGUGGAUUGUGCACUUGCAGCAAGCUGCUUAACUGAAACAACCCAUUGUUAGAAAGGGUCUCUGCUUGAUAUAAAUCAGAGAGAAAUUGUCAUUCCUGUCACUAACUGUAGCAACAUCAGUGUGUUUGACUGCAGACAGUUUGGAGGAUGCAUGCUUGGCCUGAGGAUGGACUCCACCCUCCGUCCUGUUUACAUGGGCACAUGUGCUGCUUCACUGACAGCCCCCUCGUACAUCCCAAUAAAUGUAAGCCCUCCCACAAGCGAGCCAUUUUCUCCUCCCAGCGCGGCUACAGCCAGUGUUUGAGUGUGAUGGGGUCUCUUCUCCUCCACCCUGGCGGCCUCCUCCCGCCUCCUUGCUGUUUCCCAGCCCACAGGGCGCGGCCAGUGGCCACGGAGGCAAGACUUACAUACCCAGUCCGCCUUCCUCCUUUCCCUCCUCCGUGUUCAAAGCAAAAUAUAAGCAAUGGCAUCCUUACACUGCUAAAUGGUAAUACAAUAUCACAGAAGGAGUAACGGGAAAUAUCAAUAUUUGCGUAAACCUAUUUACAAAUGGCGCCAUUUAAGCGGAAAACAGAUAACCAAACGUCAAUCAUGCUCAGGGGAACAACCUACCUUGCUUUGUCCCGCCCAAUUCUCCGCUUUAGGCCAAUCACAUUGGUUUGUUUAAGCUCGUUGGCAAAAACGACUUUUUCCAUUGGAGGAAAGCAACAAUCCUUCGCAAGUAGCUCACAGAGGGGUGCGCUUCUUUUUCUCUACAGGGCCAUUGCAGUAGUACAGUAAACAGUAAAGAUGCCAACGUGCAUUAGAAUUGAGUAGAAUUUAAGAUAUAACGUUCUUUCUUUUUUUAAAUAUCCUUUCACAAUGUGAUGCUGUUAAGGUUUGGUCAUGUGGUCAACUGUUCUGAUAACCGGUAUUUCCACUAUUGUGUGUUAAAAGGACCUUUUAAUUACCUCCGACUGCAAAUCAACUAGGAUCGUUCUAAAUGAAGUGCUAUAUCAAAACCAAAUGUAAAUUAAUGUAGUUUACAUGCAUUAGUCUUUAACUUUAUGGUCAAAGUAUAAUGUCAACGUUUAACAGUAGGCUACACAAUAAAAAAGCAAUCUGCUGCCUGACGCUCAGUGUUCGUGCCCCACGAAGGCGUCGGGCUACACCGGUGUUUAAAUCGAACGCAUCCGUCUUUCUCCUUCAUAAGGGGAGUCCGUCAAGUUUGUGUGAAGUUGUGAAAAGUUGUGUCAACCCGAAAAAAGAGCAGAGAAACUCCUCCCGUCUUCAAAUUAUGAGCAAUCAGCAGCAGGGUGAAAUGGCCGCAGUGGAGAGCGGUGGAGGCUACAGUCAAAAGCGAAACACAGGAAAUUCACAAGACUCACAGCAGCCGUCUCCUCUCGCCUUGUUGGCAGCCACUUGCAGUCGAAUUGACACCCCAGGAGAGGGUGAUUCAUCUGCAGACCAACAACAACAAAACCAGCAGCAACAGCUGGACUUAAACCAGGGUGUUUUCACCUCCACAGCCAAUGGCUGGCAGGUUAUCCCUCUUAGCGUUCAAACAACCUCAGGCACUAACACUGUCACCACCGACUCCUCAGGGAUCAUGACAGUAGGAGACAUAGGCAAGUGCAGGCAGGUGUUGUCACAAUCAGCAGUUGCUGUUAGCACCCAGCAGCAGCAGCUUCAACAGCCACAGCAAUACGUAGUAGCUCAGGCUCCAUCAAUGCACGGGCAGCAGGUGCUUACCACCAUGUCGGGUAUGAUGCCCAACAUCCAGUACCAGAUUAUUCCCCAGUUUCAGACGAUAGAUGGCCAGCCUCUGCAGUUGGCACAUGCUCAGCAGGAUAAUACGGUAUCUGCUGGAGCAGGGCAGCAGUUUCAGAUAGUGUCAUCCGCCAAUGGCCAGCAGAUCCUAGCUACGACCAACAGAGCUGGGGCUGGAGGAAACAUCAUAACAAUGCCCAGUCUCCUCCAGGGAGCCAUCCCCAUACAAAAUAUAAGCUUAGGUAAUGGCAUGUUACAAAACCAACCCCAGUUCCUGGCAAAUAUGCCUCUGUCAUUAAAUGGAAACAUCACUUUGUUGCCCGUCAGCACUGGAACAAGUGGAGGGGGAGAUGCAAGUGGUGGAGGGGAUACAGGGGGGAACCAAAUUAUACAGCAACAGCAACAUCCAGUGUGCAGCGCGGCAGCUUACAUGACAAGUGCGCCGACUAUCACCACGCAGGCCUCUUCUUAUGGAAUCGCCCAAACGCACAACAGCAAUGGAGUGACCUUCCAGCAGAGCGUAUCUUCUCUGGGUGUCCCCAUACAGCCAGACAACAGAGACGGGCAGCAGCCACAGCAGAUCCUGAUCCAGCCUCAGCAGAUCAUCCAAGGUGGAGCCCCCCUCCAGACCAUCCAGGCCGGUACUGUCACGACCGCUGCGGGUCAGGUCUUUGCGACUCCGACACUCAGCCAGGAAGGGCUUCAAAAUCUUCAAAUUAUGCCAAACACGGGCCCCUUCCUCCUGCGCACUGUAGGCCCCAACGGCCAGGUGAGCUGGCAGACCAUUCAGAUCCAGAGUCCAACGGGGCCUCAGAUAACGCUGGCCCAGAUGCAGUCUCUCCCUCAACUCGGCCAGGCUCAGGGGGGAGCUGGCGGAGUAUCUGUCAACACCGUGCAGAUCCCAGGCCUCCAGACCAUAAAUCUCAACACGAUCGGAGGCACUGGCCUGCAGAUGCACCAGCUGCAGACGGUUCCCAUCUCCAUCGCCAGCUCAGCAGUAGACCAGGCGCUGCAGGGGGGUGGAGAAAGUUUGGAUGACGGCACAGCUAUGGACGAUGAGGAUUUAAGCCCACAACCUCAAGGGAGACGUAACCGCAGAGAAGCCUGUACCUGCCCCUUCUGCAAGGACGGAGAGGGACGCAGGGACCCUAAUAAAAAGAAGCAGCACAUUUGUCACAUCUCCGGCUGUGGGAAGAUCUACGGCAAGACGUCCCACCUGAGGGCUCACCUGCGCUGGCACACGGGAGAGCGACCCUUCGUCUGCGGCUGGUCCUUCUGCGGCAAAAGAUUCACCCGCUCAGACGAGCUUCAGCGCCACAAGAGGACGCAUACUGGUGAAAAACGGUUUGUUUGCACAGAGUGUCCCAAACGCUUCAUGCGCAGCGAUCACCUCUCCAAGCACAUCAAGACCCACUUGAACAAGAAAGCAGUCCCCACCAGCAGCAGCACGGUCUCCACCGACCCAGCAUCCCCUACAGGAACAAAAGUCAUCACAGGCACCGUGUCAUCCGGUGACCAGCACACCAUUGUCACCAUGGAGACCUUAUCCGCAGAGAGCAUAGCUCGAUUAGCCAGCAGCGGGAUCAGCAUGAUGCAGGUGGACCUUCACCAUAUGAACGGAAACAGCUACUAAGGACUGUGUUGGAGCAGGAGGACAGGCGCUAGUGGAUGAUGCAUUUUGGACAUUUGGGGUAAAAAAGGGCAUGUGGGACUGCAGACACAGAACCUGUCCGGCGGGAGAGGCGGUCUCAAAUGCAAUACACGGACACUAUUGAUUAUGACAAUUGAGGCAGGAAUAAUGAGCUCCAUCUUGUAUUUAGAUACCUGUAUCGUUUAAGGGUCAGAGUUGGAUGAAAAUGUUUGGUUAAAGAAAUAAUCAUGAAAUUGUAUUUCCCCUAAAAUGACAUGUCACUACACCAAGAUUUGACCCACACGCACUCAGUCCUGCUUGAUAGUGGGACUGCAGUAACACACACUGGCACGCUUGAUAUUAAAUUGGCAGCUGGUAAUACCCUCUCCACAAGCUUCUUUAGUAAGGAGAAACACUACUAAGCGACUCUCACUUGUUUCCAAGGCUGUGGGCUUAGCUGCCUGUCCUCCUAAACAUCAGGUGGUUCCAGCCGACAGACGGGGCUGCUGUAUUUGGCUUAAAAGCCCAUAAAGCUAAAUUAAUCCCUAAAAAUCCUAACAAUUUAGAACAGUAAACAUUUUGUUUUUUCUCUCAUUUCUGGGUGUGCGCUGUUCACAAACUAACGAUCACAGUGUCUUGGGGCUAAUAUGGAAAGCGUUUUAGGAGGAGCGCAGGAGUGCAGGUCAGAGCCAGGAGUACUAUUAUCAUGUGAGGAUGUAGGUGUGUCAGGGCACUGAAAUCCUGAGAAUAACUCUUUAACCUCUUGUGUAGGUACCUAUUCAAGCCAUCAAGCUUUGAUAUGUUUAUCAUAGCAAAACAUUUUGAUUUUUUUAUGUAUAUAUUUUUUGGAAAUGUAAAGGCUACAGAAUUUCUCAGCUUGGGCAGGAUCAUCUUUGCAUGAUUGCAGGAGAUUGCCUCUCCGUUGUAUGAACUUCUCAUGCACAAUCAAAUCUUAAUCUUAUGUUAUUACUUUUAUAUAUAUAUAUAUAUAUGUAGAUUACAUGUUUAAAUUUAAGAGCCUUUCUGCCAUAGAAUAAUGUAUUCUAUACAUUACAGAUCUUCCAAGUGAUUUUCCCUGUGGUAUACUUAUCAUCUUUGCCUUGCAGUCAUGUCAGUUUGUUUUCGAUGGAAAACUGUUUAUUUUUAGUCAUAUCUGGAGUGAAGUAUUUUGUUAUGUCCAGACAGCAUAAAUAUGUAAGCUCAAAACCAAAGGUUCAUACUCGUUUAAUAAGCAAAACUAGGGAAUCUUUCUUUGGUCCAUCAACUUUCUAAUACUUUUUACUUGUGGUAUGCAGAUGUUAAAGGUCUAACUGGAAACUAUCCAGCUUGAGGCACAGCACCGGACACAAAUCCCUUGGUUAAUGAAUUAAAAAAAAAAAAAAUUGCAAAAUGUAACUAAUAAUGCAAGGGUCAACAUUAUUUCUGAAAAGAUCCUUCUCACCAGUUUCAUUGUUUCAGGAAUCUGCUUUAUUUGAAAAAUAAUUAUAUCCUAUGACAGGAAUUGUAUGUUUAUAACUUUCCUUUGAAACUCUAUAAACAAGUGCUCUUAUUUUUCAGCCCCGUUUUAAUAAGGGAUUUUAUAUUGUGUGUAAACAAUACUGCAAAUGCCAACAGCUGGAUUAAAAUUAUGAAUAUACUUUGUCUUUUUUU